AGAUUGAAGAGAGAUAUUUUAUCCUUGCUCCUUCUUGGUUUUGGACUCUCCGAAUAUGGAGUUCCUCUUCGGGUUGGAUAUGCUCCGUAAGCACCAGUGUAUUAUUGACUUGAAGGAUAAUGUUCUUAGAGUCGGAGGAGGAGAAGUUUCCGUACCGUUUUUGCAAGAAAAGGACAUCCCUUCUCGCUUCCUCAACGAAGAAAGGCAUGCAAAGCAAGCAUCGAGCUCAGAAGCUUCUGUAAGUCUUCUUGUUUUGUUAUCUGCUCCAAACAAUAUAAACACACACAUAUUGUUGGCACUGAUCUAUUGCCUGAUUCUUCAGGUGACAUCUGGAACAACAGAGAAGAAUGCUAAUGUGCAAUCUGGAGGACAGUCUUCUGGUUAGUGAUCGCCUAUUCAGCAUCUCACUCAUGU